AGACAGAACGUUGCACGGGCAACAGUACGGAACAAAUUCUGCACUCGUACUUGCGAAUACACCAAAAAUAGUGUCCAGUGAGUGCCUCAAAAAAGAUAGAAAUCAAUUGGGCGAGGUUAUACAAAUUUUAAAGAAUAGCAAAUGCCUCAAUUCUGACCAUAACGCAGUGCCUAGAAAUAUGAAGCUGAAGUCGAUCGUGUAAUAGAAAUCGGAAAAGCUAUCCAGCAGAAAACAAAAACAAAGGCUGGAGACAACAACAACCGACACGGAAAACCAGCUCGUGUGCUCAAAUCAAAACAACAACGAAUGCGGGCGAUUGACAGAACAAGAAAAAACGCACGGCAACAAAACAAAGAAGCUCCACACAAAGAAUACGUCGCAAAACAAAACAAAACGCAAGACCGAAGGAGGGACAAGUAUCUCUCAGAUACAAAACAAGUGUUAGUGUUGUGCUGCACCUUAAAAAAUUAAAAUGAGAAAAUAGAUUAACAGAACUUAACUGCAAAUGUAUUUUAUAAAGCGUGAAAUCGAAAAACAUAAAUAUUAAUUUGGAAAGACCAAAUGUUUGUGCUCUCAGAACGCAGCAAAAGUAACAGCAACAGGCAAAUACAACUAAAGUAAACAGUGAGAGCGAGAGCAUUGCAAUCAAGUAACAAGAAGUCCUGAGCUGUGUUAUCCCCGUACCCCUUCUCACAUAAUGUCACAUCAAAUGUCCAAUGGAGCCGGGCAACUCCAAGAGGUGUCUGCGCGCGAUGAAACCAAACUAGAUCUCAAAGUACAAAACAAAUCGAACACACUCAACUCGCAGCACAGCAUACGUGUCUUCAACAGCAGUCCCAAUAGUCCAGAGAAGAUGACGGUUUACCAAAUGGUAUUGGAUGCCCUGGGCUGGCGAAAUCAGACGAAAAAGCGUGAUCUUACGUCCAAGGACUUGGGUGCUCUCAUACUGCUGGGCUUUAUGUUUCUCCUUUUUGUGAUUAGUGUAACCGGUUUCUUUGUGAUGUGGUUCACAGAGUUCUACAACAAUACUAUGCUAGAGAACCUUAUACUUGCGGAACACUCCGACACAGCAAACAGUUGGUUAAAUCCCGACCCCAAAUAUGACACAUUACUGAAGGCACACAUUUUCAACUAUACCAACAUAGACGACUAUCUCGCGGGUCGGGUCGACAAAAUACAUGUAGAAGACUUGGGACCACUCACUUAUCAAGAGCAUACUGUUAAAGUCAACGUAUCAUUUAACAAUAAUCACACAGUUACCUUUAGGGAUCACAAGUCCUACAAAUUUCUGCCGGAAAAAUCAUCGAUUCGAGAAGAGGAUAUUCUCAUGGUACCCAAUGUCCCCCUUCUAAGUGCUGCUGUGCACGUGAAACGUAUGGCUGCAAUUAAACGGGUGAUGGCAACAUUAAUGAUCCAUAAUUAUAGGGAGCCCUUGUUUAAAAAACUUUCUGCAGAAGAGCUACUCUGGGGUUAUCCGGACAAAAUUGUGCGCCUCGAGUCGCUUGGCUUUGGCAAAACUCAUUUCGGGCUUUUGAUGAAUCGAAACGGGACCAGUGUAGAUUCAGUGCAGUUAAACACUGGCGAGGACGACAUCGGAAAGUUCAGCAUCAUCACUCAGUUCAACGGAAUGCCUCAAUUGGACUACUGGGAGGGGGGAGAGUGUAAUCGGAUUGAUGGUUCGGAGCCAUCAAUGUUUUCACCUAACUUACUGGCAGAUCGCAGUGACGUGAAUGUUUUCCUGCAAGUACUAUGCCGCAAGGUACCUUUACAUUUCGAAAAAGAAGAGACCAUCCUGAACAACAUCUCGGUGCUUCGCUAUCGCACCCCACUCGACGUAUUUUCGCAUCCAUCUGAGAAUCCGGCAAAUCAAUGCUACUGCCAGAAUACGGAUCGCUGUUUUGCAAGCGGUGUCAUCAAUGCCACCAAGUGCUACAACGAUGCACCCAUCUUUCCCUCCUUCCCACACUUUUUCUCCGGUGACCCAGUGUGGUACGAGGACUUUGAAGGUAUUAAGCCAGAAGCCGAGCUUCAUCAGACCUAUGCCGACAUUCAUCCCCGGUUUGGUUUUCCUAUUAGUGGUGCCUCACGCAUACAAAUCAAUAUUAUGGUUGAUCAGACACCGCUCUUAAGAAAUCAAGCGAACCGAUUCAAAAACGGCACAAUAUUACCAUUGAUUUGGAUAGAAAUAACGUCGGGCGAUUUUAGCGAAGAGGUACUAAGCCUUUUAUAUAAAAGCACAUACGGACUGGACGCUAUUCAACUUGCUUUAAAGUAUGGCACAUUGCUGGUCUGUUUGACGUCCUUCAGCAUAAUUGUGGCGAGCGUUUACUAUUUAAAUAGCAAACGUGAGGAAGAGAGGAUUGAACAGAACAAACCUAUUGCAGAGCUCGAGGCGCUCAAUGGGGGAGUGGUGCGGCACGUUGAGGUAUAUGAGUGUGGCGGGCAUGCGAAGUGAAGGAUGCAACAAGUGCCAUUAGAAUUUAGAAUUAGUCAGAGGGGUAUACAUAAGUGGGAGGGAAACAAUGCAAGUUGGGCUUGCAUGAACAUAAAUGAGAUUUUCGAAUUAUUCACUAAAAAGUGAAAGACAUUAGCUUAAAAAGUCAAUCAGUUACCUUUAGAUUUAUAAAUAGCUAUUGAUUUGUAUAUAUGUAUAAUAGACCAACAAAUGUUAAAUAAACAAUUAAGUACAAAGACUUUCAUACAA